AUGCCUUUCCCUAAGAUAAGUAUACUGUUCUGUACCAAAUGCAAAUGGAACCUAAGGAGUGCUUGGUACCUACAAGAGCUUCUCCAAACAUUCGGUGAUAACUUAAGAGAGGUCUCGUUAGUUCCAAGUUCUGUGGGUGAGUUUAAAAUAUUAGCCUGGAUAAAUAAUGAUAAUGACGAUCCUAUCACCAUCUGGGACCGUAAAGUCGAUGGUGGCUUCCCUGAUAGCAAGCACUUGAAGCAGAGGGUCAAAGAAUUAGUGUUUAAUGAUACUGUUUCAGUUGGAGCGCAUAUAUCCAGAAAUACGAACAAUCAAGAAAGUUUAGUCUCACAGAGGGAUCAAGUUUCAAAAACCGAAUGUAGUGAAUGUGUUGAUUAA